AUGGACGAUCGCGGCUUCAAGAAGUUCGAUGGCGAAGGAGAUGAUCCAGGAAAAGCACUGCGCAAGUGGAAAGCGUGGGCGUUAGCAAAAAUGACGACCUUGAAGGACGUCCAGAAAUCGCAGCGAGGACCGUGGCUUUUCACGCUGCUGGAUGGGAAGGCCCUGGAAGCGUGUGAGCACUUGUCCUUAGACGACCACACCAAGGAGAACGGCGACGAGACAGUCUGGAAGCUGCUGUCCGCCCGGUUCCCCGAGAAGGAGGCCCAUGACCAGAUGGGUGAAGCGCUAGGCGAGGUUUUCGGGUUGGCUGCCCGAGAUGGAGAGUCAAUGAAGGAGUGGACGGCACGGGUCUUGGAGACCUUCGAGAAAUGCCGCAGGAAGGCCGCAGUGGACUUCCCCAAGGAAGCUAGAGGCUGGAUCGCCUUGCAUUGUGCCGGCCUGACAGAAGAACAGAAGGCGAUCGUGAAGGCGAAGAUGCAAGGGAGCUUGGACCUGGAGACGAUUAGCGCGGGAAUCCGUUCGUGCUUUCCCACUCUGCGGGCGUCGAGCUCGAAGGCGAGGAAGCCUGCCUCCGUCUUGGUCGCCGAGGACGACCACGGUGUGAUCGUCGAGCAGGAGGACCAGCACUUCAAGGACGAUGCCGCUGUUGACGAUGUCGAGGCUUUCCUGGCCGACUAUGGGACCACCAUCGAUGAGGACCCAUUGUCAGAGGCAGAAGCGGCAGAGGCCUUGGCGGUGUCUUGGAAAGAGAGGCGCCAGGAGAUCAAGAAGAUGCAGAAGUCACGACAGUUCGGGGCAAUGGAUGCUUCCCGGAAGGCCUUCCGAAUCGAAGUAGAAGAGCUCAAGCGACGCACUCGCUGCAGGAAGUGCGGUCGAGUAGGCCACUGGGCCAGAGAGUGCAAAAGCAAACCAUCGUCGACAGCCUCAUCGUCAAAGCAUGGCAUGUCAGAGGCCGCUUCUGGCAACAGAGGCGCCACCGAGACUAUGAUCGCCGAGGUGGUUGAGGGUCACCGCGACGAGAUUCACUUUGUCGGGGCCGCUGAGGAGGCUUUGAUGUCUUCGCUGGUCUCAUCGCCAGGUUUCGGUGUCAUCGACUCUGGUUGCGGAAAGACGCUCAUCGGCGCAGACACCUUGGCCGAGAUGGAGCCCCUCCUGGGAAAUCGACAGGUGAUCAAGGUCCCAGAAAGGAACAGCUUCCGCUUUGGCAACGGCGAGGCCGAAGAAUCACUAAUAAUGGCCCAGAUUCCGGUGGCCAUCCAGGGCAAGACCGGAGUGAUUCAUGCGGCUGUGAUCAGGGGCAAGGCCCCGCUGCUCCUCGGACGUCCCACGCUGGAGAAGCUCAAGAUGACAGUGAACUUUGCUUCGGGUGCGGUGACUAUGUUGGGUGAUCCCGAUGUUAUCCAGCUCGAUCGGAACAGUGCCGGCCAGAUGCUGAUUAACUUGGUGCAGUUUCCCAGCGAGGCUCGGAAGCUGCUCACGCAGUGGAAGCAACGCUCUGCUGAGCAACGCGUGGAAGGAGAUGAUCGGCCCGCAAAAAGGGCCAGCGGGCUGAUCCUCAGCCAUGCGUCUCUCACGGAGGCGGAAGAGCGAGUGAGCCUUGAGGGCUUCGAGUGUCUGGGUAGCCACACUGUCGCAGAGCCUGCCCCAGCACAGGAAGCAGUGCAGAGAGCCAAGGCGUUCUCAUGCACCACAUGCGAGGCGAAUCGUCGCCCGGCAGAUGCCAUUCCAGCACGACCAUCUGGAGCCCAGGGUUUUAACGAGAAGGUUGGGAUGGACGUUAAGUAUCUUCAGGGAUGGCGCCCUGGCCAAAAGAUACCUUGCAUUAACAUCGUAGACUACGGGAGUUCGUAUCAACAGAUGGUCCCAUUGCCUUCCCGUGACACCGGAGAGCUUAUCCGAACCACGUAUCGCACCCACUGGCUAGCCUGGGCUGGUGUGCCAGAAGAGGCGAUGAUUGCAAGUCAAGACAGCAAAGCGCUUCGAGAGGCGUUGCGUGCAAGGCCACGCUUGCGCAAAGACUUUGAAUCUGCAUGGUCAAUGGGUGGCCUACUGGAACGUCCAGAUUCGCUUGAGUCCGACCCAGAGGCUCAGGAGCUCCUGGGUAUGAAGCGGUCUUACCGCAGCACAGGUCUUAGAACAGCAGUCUACUGCCUCAACUGCCGGUCAGAUGACAUCCGCCAGCCCGCGCAGGUGCAAGCAGAGGAUUUGUCUGACAUGCUGCGCGAGCUUCCGUUGAGCUCGGAAGCAGCAUUGCCGUCUGCAGGCUUGGACUCCGAGUCACCUAGGCUUUCUAGUCCUAGAGAGCCUGCCUUCAAGCGUAUGGCUAGUUCCCCGCCAGAUGCCCUGAGAGCCAUGUGUAGGCAGGAGUCUGCGCUUGCUGAGGCUCUGUUUUGUCAGACGGCAAUGAGCGCUUACCGCGAGCAAGUGCCACAUGCCACAGAAGUCGAGGUUCUCCUAGCAGGUUUCCUACAGAAACAGAUGCAGAAAGAAAUCCCUGUGACCGGCAACCCCGAAGAACUUCAGGAGCAGGUAGAAGAGGCAAAAGCCACUGAGUGGUGCACCAUGACUUCCAAGCCCGCAGUGAAAGUGUGGAGUGGAGCUGAUGCUGCACGCAUCCGCCGUGAUUAUCCAGACAGGUUUGUAGGGAGCAGGUUCGUGGUCACCAAGAAAGUAGAUGAGGAUGGUGAGCGUGUCAAGGCCAGAUGGUGCCCUCAGGGGCACUUGGACCCAGAUGUAAUGGAUAAGGUGUCUAGUGGCGCAUGCCAUUCGCCAACAAUGUCUCAGCUCUCUCGCUCCCUGUUGCUGCAAAUCCUCGUGUCAAAGCGCUGGCGUAUGUGCCUAGGGGACAUUAAGGGUGCAUUUUUAGAGGCAGGUCCUUUGAAGGAGAGGUUUAAGCCCAUUUACGCCACGCAGCCCAAGGGUGGAAUCCCCGGUCUGGCAGAAAGCGAUGUCAUAGAAGUGACGGGCAACGUCUACGGCUUAAACGACGCCCCGUUCAGCUGGUGGGAGGCAUUCGACAAGGAAGCACGAAGGUUAGGUUUUAGCCGAUCACAGUUUGAUAACUGCGUGUAUUUUUUUAGAUGCCCGAAGACCAAUGAACUCACAGGCGUCCUAGGCGCGCACGUAGACGACUGUAUCACAGGCGGGGAGGGGGAGGCCUACGAAGAAGCCAUUCGCCAGUCCAAAGCACGCUUCCCUUAUCGGAAGUGGCGUGUCGGUGCUGUUGUGGUGUAG